CGCAAAGUCCAACUAUGGUUUUAUAAUUAUUUACUUGUUAUUUUACGGCAAAAUUUACUAAUUAACCAUGAAUUUGUCCGAGGAAAGCAGUUUUUCGAACGGCCUCCUUUACGUGGGCUUCAAUCAAGAUCAAGGUUGUUUCGCAUGUGGAACGGAAAAUGGAUUUAGGGUUUUUAACAGUGAUCCACUUAAGGAAAAGGAGAGACAAAACUUCGCGGAAGGUGGACUGUCUUAUGUCGAAAUGUUGUUUAGAUGUAAUUACAUGGCACUGGUUGGCGGGGGAAAGACGCCCGUGUACCCUCCAAACAGAGUGAUCAUAUGGGACGACCUUAAAAAGGAUUCGGCUAUAUCACUAGACUUCAAUAGUCCAGUGAAGGCUGUUAAAUUGAGGAGAGAUCGCAUUGUUGUUGUUUUGGAGAAUUUGAUUAAAGUUUACACUUUCACCGCACAGCCUCAACUACUCCAUGUAUUUGAGACAUGCCAGAACUCUAGAGGCCUGUGUGUGGUUUGUCCAAACAGUAACAAUGCCCUACUUGCCUAUCCAAGCAGAAAAACUGGGCAUGUUCAGCUGGUUGAGUUAACAAGUCUCGCUGGAACAAGUGCAGCCCCGGAAGGUCAUCUCAUAGCAGCUCACGAAGCACCAUUAUGCUGCUUGGCACUCAACGUUGGUGGCACAAGAUUGGCCACAGCAUCAUCAAAAGGCACUCUAAUCAGAGUAUUUGACACAAACACUGGGCAAAAGUUGGCAGAGUUAAGAAGAGGAGCACAUCAGGCAACAAUAUAUUGCAUCAACUUUAAUCACACAAGUACAAACCUAUGUGUGACAUCAGACCACGGCACAGUUCACAUAUUCAGUCUAGAAGACGAGAAGUUAAAUAAACAAUCCAGCCUAUCCACGGUUAACUUCUUACCAAAAUACUUCUCAAGUAACUGGAGUUUUUGUAAAUUCACCAUACCCAAUGGACCACCUUGUAUUUGCGCUUUCGGUGUGGAUAAAAGUUCGAUAAUUGUUGUUUGUGCCGACGGAUCAUACUACAAAUAUAAAUUUAACGAAAAGGGUGAAUGCACCAGAGACGUCUACGCGCAAUUCUUGGAAACGUCAGAGGACAGAUAAGUGUUUUCCAGUCCGUAUAUGUGGAAAUAACCUACUACGAAGAAAUUAGUAUGUUCGUAUUACAGUAUGGCCACAUGUGCAACGCGUCACGACACAAAAAUUGACGUCACGCAAGUUGAGUCAAAUACAAUGUUUCAGUGUUGUAUGCUCAAAUGCCCAGAAAUACAACACUACAAGCGCAAGCAGUUCUGGGCAUAAACAAUUCUCCGCUUACAUAUGACACAACAUUUGUGA